CCUAUAAGUUCCAACUCCCAAGUGAUCACAAUCCAAAAUUACGCUAUUCCCAUCACAAUUCACAAGCACCCACAUUCUCACACACAAAAAUAAGAAUUAGAUAAGCAUGGAAAUGGAGAUAAUAUACACUUCCCUAUCUUUUUUUGCAAUCAUAUUCUUCCUUUACAAAAUAAUACUUUCUAAGCCAAAGAACAAGAACCUCCCACCAAGCCCACCAUCACUUCCUAUAUUGGGCCAUCUACACCUACUCAAGGCCCCCUUCCACCGUACCCUCCAAUCCCUCUCUCAACGCUAUGGCCCAAUCUUCUUUCUCCGAUUGGGCUGUCAGCCCGUUUUGGUGGUCACCUCCUCUUGGGCUGCCGAGGAAUGCUUUAGCAAAAACGACAUCGUUUUUGCCAACCGGCCCAAGUUCAUAAUAGGUGAACAUUUAGGCUACAACCAUUCCCUCCUUAUAUGGUCCCCAUAUGGGGACUAUUGGCGGAAUCUCCGCCGUGUUACAACUAUAACUAUGUUAUCCUUACGAAGGAUAAAUGAAGCGGGUCCCACCCGAAAAAUUGAGAUUGAUAACAUGAUCUCCGAACUCUUACAGGGUGGGACCCGAAAAAGGGUAAAUUUAAAUGCUAUCUUUGAGAAGGUGGCAAGGAAUUUUAUGAUGAGGGUAGUCAAUGGAAAAACAUGGGAAAAAAUGAUCAUAAGACCACCUUCUAAUCUUAUGACUAUAUGUGAUUUCUUUCCCUUUUUGAGAUGGGUUGGUUUUAAUGGGAUAGAGAAGGAGCUAAGGAAAUUGAAGAAAGAGAGAGAUGAGUUUUUACAAAGUUUGGUGGAUGAGUGCAGGGAAACAAGAGGAGGAAUUUCUUGUGAUGAACAAAUUGGGGAGAAUACAAAUUUGAUUGAACAAUUGCUGGACUUGCAACAAUCUGAACCGGAGUACUACACUGAUGAUGUUUUGAAAGGAAUCAUUUUGGUUUUGAUUUUGGCAGGAUCUGAAACGACUGCACGCACCCUAGAGUGGGCAAUGUCGAACCUCAUAAACCACCCCGCAGUCUUUGCCAAAGCAAGAGCAGAAAUUGAUGUUAAUGUUGGUAAGGGACGAUUAGUUGAAGAUUGCGAUCUAUCAAAGUUAAGCUACAUACGUUGCAUUAUCUAUGAGACUUUAAGACUAUUCCCACCAGCACCACUUCUAGUCCCGCAUUAUUCAUCCCAAGAUUGCAACAUUGGAGGAUAUGAUGUGCCAAAAGGUACUAUACUAUUUGUCAAUGCUUGGGCAUUGCAUAGGGAUCCUAACCAAUGGGAUGACCCUACUGAAUUUAAGCCAGAAAGAUUUGAAAAAGAGAAAGAAGGGUUCAAGUUUAUGCCUUUUGGAAUUGGUAGAAGGGCUUGUCCUGGAAAUAACUUUGCUCUUAGAAAUGUUUCUUUAACAUUGGCAACUCUCAUACAAUGCUUUGAUUGGGAAGCAACCGAGGCUGGGAAGGUGGACUUGACUGAAAAAUGUAGUGCUGGUGCCGUCAUUGUCCCUAAGGAAAAGCCUUUAGAGGCUACAUGUUGUCCUCGCUCUUCAAUGGAGGAUACUUUCUCACACAAAUUUGACAAUGUAUCAGUAUAAUAUGUGUGACAGUGUGAGCAAGUAAAAGAGGUGGUGGAGAAGAUGUUCGUUUCUAAAUUUGAAUUUCUUAAUCGUAUGUAUCAUUAUUUUUAUCACCUCUAUGAUAAGCGAGUCUACUGAAUUUAUAGUAUUAAGUUUAGUGUUUUAAUUUCCUAUAUAUUACUAGUCUACUAUUAUAAAGGUGUAAUUAUAACAAAGAAUGUCUAGUAGUUAAGAUAAGAUCUUUUGUAUUUUAUUUUUAAACCUAAAUAGUUGUAAUAAGCCUAAUUACUUUUUCAAACUAAAUUUGGUCAUGA